AUGGAAGAAGAAAUCGCCGCCCUCGUUGUCGACAAUGGAUCCGGAAUGUGCAAGGCCGGAUUCGCCGGAGACGAUGCUCCACGCGCCGUCUUCCCGUCCAUCGUCGGACGCCCACGUCAUCAGGGAGUGAUGGUCGGUAUGGGACAGAAGGACUCGUAUGUCGGAGAUGAAGCACAAUCCAAGAGAGGAAUCCUCACCUUGAAGUACCCAAUCGAGCACGGAAUCGUCACCAACUGGGAUGAUAUGGAGAAAAUCUGGCAUCACACAUUCUACAACGAGCUUCGUAUCGCCCCAGAGGAACACCCAGUUCUCCUUACCGAGGCUCCAUUGAACCCAAAGAGCAACAGAGAAAAGAUGACACAGAUCAUGUUUGAGACCUUCAACACUCCAGCCAUGUACGUCAACAUUCAGGCUGUGCUUUCCUUGUACGCUUCCGGAAGAACCACCGGAAUCGUUUUGGACACCGGAGAUGGUGUCACUCACACCGUUCCAAUCUAUGAAGGAUAUGCCCUCCCACAUGCCAUCCAACGUCUCGAUCUUGCCGGACGCGACUUGACCGACUACAUGAUGAAGAUCCUCACCGAGCGCGGUUACACUUUUACCACCACCGCCGAACGCGAAAUCGUCCGGGACAUCAAAGAGAAGCUUUGCUACGUCGCCCACGACUUCGAGUCCGAGCUCGCCGCCGCCGCCUCCUCCUCCUCCCUCGAGAAGAGCUACGAGCUUCCCGACGGACAGGUUAUCACCAUCGGAAACGAGAGAUUCCGCUGCCCAGAAGUCCUCUUCCAGCCUGCCUUCAUCGGAAUGGAAGGUGCCGGAAUCCACGAGACCACCUACCAAUCCAUCAUGAAGUGCGAUGUCGACAUCAGAAAGGAUCUCUACGCCAACACUGUUCUCUCCGGAGGUACCUCCAUGUUCCCAGGAAUCGCUGAUCGUAUGCAAAAGGAGAUUCAACAUUUGGCUCCAAGCACAAUGAAGAUCAAGAUUAUUGCUCCACCAGAGCGCAAGUACUCCGUCUGGAUCGGAGGAUCUAUUCUUGCUUCCCUCUCAACCUUCCAGCAAAUGUGGAUCUCCAAGCAGGAGUACGACGAGUCCGGCCCAUCGAUUGUUCACCGAAAGUGCUUCUAAGCUGAUUUUUUUUCAAAUUUUUUUUUUCAACAUGUGCCUUCCAUUUCUAGGCGAAACACGAUUUUACUUGACACAAAUUCCAUGAGAUACUUCAUUUUCUUUAUAUUUAUGGUUUCUUAACAUGAAUAAACUUGUUAGGACC